UAACCUAACUUCAAUGUUAUUUCAAGAAGACGUUAACGCAAGAGAUGCUGAAGGUAGCCAGUGUUACACUUUGGCAGAUUGCCAGGCGUUCAAUAUGCAAACGAUUGCUACACAAAUCAACACCAGCAAAGCAGAAUGGAUGUGCCUGUACAAUUGGGUGUUUUCGACAAAAAUCAACAAGUUCCCAAAGAACAUCUGCAACAACGUACUUCGCUGAGCCCAUAGCAUCGGAAAACAUCACCUUUACAGAACAUUUGAGCAGUAAGACCAGCAGGGUCAAGCAUGAGGAACGGGCAGGGCCGUUAGCAGCAUAUGAUUGCCUGAUACGACAGGGAGAGCUGGCAGAAGAUGCCUAUCAGAGAACCAUCGUCAAGAAGCUCCAAGAGUUGUUUGACAAGAUCGCAGGGUAUCGACCGGCAGAGCCCGGCUUCUUUCAGAAGAUGCUUGGGUCGGCUCCAGGUGCUGGGCCGAAGGGUUUGUACCUCUAUGGCAGCGUUGGAUCAGGCAAGACAAUGCUGAUGGAUCUGUUCUACCAGGAUGUAAACGUCCAUCGCAAGCAGAGGGCGCACUUCAAUUCCUUCAUGCUGGAUGUCCAUGCUAGAAUUCAUGAAGUUAAGAAACGAAUUCCCCGGGAUCGCACAAGUAACAAGCCGCAACCUUUCGACCCCAUAGCACCAGUAGCCAAGGACAUUAGCCAGGAAACAUGGCUCUUGUGUUUUGAUGAAUUUCAGGUUACUGACAUAGCGGAUGCUAUGAUACUUAAGAGGCUCUUCACAGAGUUAUUCCAAAAUGGCGUUGUCGUGGUUGCGACGUCCAACCGACAACCAGAUGACUUGUACAAGAAUGGACUUCAGCGGAGUAACUUUGUUCCAUUCAUCCAAGUAUUAAAGGAUCAUUGUAAUGUGCUGCAACUAGACUCAGGAAUCGAUUACCGAAAAUUGGAUGUCUCAGAAAGGGGGCAGGUGUACUUUGUAAGCAACAGGUGCAACGCUGAUGCAGAGUUGGAGAGGCUAUUCAAGACCAUGGCCAGGCAAGAAGAUGCAGUUAUACAGAGUAGAACAAUUCACUUGAUGGGCAGAGAGUUAAAAGUACCGGUAGCCUGUGGCAGGAUUGCUGUUUUCACAUUUACUGAGCUCUGCGACAGGCCAUUAGGUGCUGGUGACUACCUCGCGUUAGGCAGGGAAUUUGACAUCAUCUUUAUACGUGAUAUUCCCCAGAUGUCGCUGAGGAUGAAAUCAGCAGCCCGCCGUUUCAUCACACUCAUUGACAACUUCUACGAUAACAAGGUGAGGUUAGUGUGCUCUGCAGAGACAGAACCAGAGGAUCUGUUUGUCACAGGUCACAUGACCCAGCAUGACCUAGAUGACCGCAGGAUGCUCAUGGAUGACCUUAACAUUAAGAUGGAUGCUAGCAGCAUAUCGGCCAGCAUCUUCACAGGUGAAGAGGAGCUAUUUGCCUUUGAGAGGACCAUCUCAAGACUGACAGAGAUGCAGACGGAGGAGUAUUGGACUAGCACCAGAGAGAGUAGGAAGACGGAGGAGGUGAAACCGGAGGACUUAUGAUGAUAACCUAGGACCCCUCAAACACACUGAUUUAAUUGUAUUUCUUUGCCUCCUUAACCUGCUUUUUAAACUGCAAUUGCAAAACUGCAAUACUCAAAAAGGAAUUCAGAACCAAUUUUUGGGAGAAUGGGGGAUUUUUUUGUGGGGGGGCAGGGGUUGAGCAAAAUAUUUAAGCUCUUUUUGGUGAGUUCCAUUUACACCGUUGUAUUUAUGUACCCCAAAAGUGUGAAAAAUUAUAUUUAAGUUGGAGGAUUCAGGACUGUUUUUCAAUAUUUGUAUCUACACAGUUUUUAACAUGAAAUCUUAACAUAAUUGCUUUUCUUCCGGGAACCUUUAAACGGCAUUUACAUGUAUACAGUUGUGAGAAGGUAAAAAGCAAAAAUUGAAAACCACUGUUUAUUUAUUGCAGAGAAAAUAAAAUAACAUUUUAUGAGGUUUAUGGUUCUUUUA